AUGCUUGAAGAAGGAACUUCAACGUCGAAAUCGACAUGGAAUCAGAAUCAAGGAUGUUCAAAGCAAUUUUGCGGUGGAUUAGUGGCGGGUUCAUCGGACUCGACGACGGAUUGUUUUGGUCAAUCGGCGGAUCUGGACGGAUUGGGAUGCGGUUCGGAAUGUUGUGGAUCGAUUUUGGGUGAUCGAACGUUAGAUUCGGGGCAAUAUCGGCGGAGAAACGUGACGGCAACGGCAGUAACGCCAGGUUUUUGCGGAAGUCACAAACGUUUGGCGAAAUCGGAUUGGAGUUGCAGUGGCAAUUGCAGACAGAUGAAACAACGUGGCUGUGGUUGUAGUCGUGGCAGUGGUUUGGUGCGGAGAAUUUGGAAUUCACAAAAUCAUUUUGGGCUG